CUUAAAGAGACUCGUGCGUGCUUUUUUUCCUAAUCUGAGGUGCACGCUUCAAUUUUGCAAGCUUUGAACUUUAUAAUAUAUAAAAGAGUUUGUGACUGGUGACUUUAAUAGAGGGAAAAUCGAUACUGAUAAUACUUUUAGCCUAUUCAAGCGAUAAAUCGUCCAGAUGGGUAAUUUAGCGAAUUAAUAAGCAUACAAAGUUUGUAACGAGAAAUCAAAGCCGGCAGGUAGGGUGACCCUGGUCGGAAAUUCGUUGAUCUCUUGACCUGUUUAUUUGCAAGCAUCGAAAACUGUUUCUACAUACAAUUUCAAGGAACUGAUCGAGUCUUGAAUGGAAAUAUAUAAUAGUAUGUGUAAUAAGAAAGAAUAAACGCCUCGCUAAAGUAAAAGAAACUAAAUAUGCAAGCAGUUAGUGGAGAUCGGGAACAGUGAACUAUCGACAUAAUUCAACGAACUGCGCAUAGUAGGGCCUAACAGAGAGGGAAUUCAUUUCAGUGCUUAUCACGAAGGACUUCGGAUACCAAAGCAUUGAGCAAUGAUGUUGGGUCGCUCAAUCAUGCUUUGUUUAGUCCAAUAUAACACGGACUUUGCUUACUGCGAAACAAAGUGAUGGAGUUUAUGCAGCAAAAAGUGCCUAGUAUUUCUUCAAAAAAGUUGACAGGUAUUCUAAACUUAAAGUAAAUCAAGCUGAAUGUCGAGCACAAUAAUAAACUUCGGAAUCGUCCUCGCAGUGCUUUACUCUGUAGCAGUGGAAAGCAUGGAAAAGUAUCGAGAGUCAAGUUCAAUGAACAAGAGCACAAAUGAAGAAGAGAGCGAAGAAGACUUUCAACUGCAGAAACGCUCGAUUUCUAGUCUGCACUUUCCAUCCACUUACCAUGCAUCUGGGAAUAUAAGGAUCCCAUCAGCAGGCAUAGUGGAACCAUUUGAAGCAUGGUACGCGGGCAAGUUCAACAAAAGUCGAAUCGACUACUAUGAAGGAACCGUGAAGACAUUCCAGCGUGGGGAUGUAGGCAAAUAUGGGACACUGUACGAAGUCAUCCCAAAAUAUGACUACAGACAUAAAAGCCACUACCAAGGUUGCUGGAAAAAGAACGGGAAAGAAAAGAAGCGAAUUGAGCCUCAAAGCGUGUUGCCAAAAACCGUCUACUGGCCCUUCAGGAUGAAUCUAACGCAAUAUGAGUUCCAAGGGUUUGUGAAACUGAAUGGCAUUUGGUGCUCUAAAUGGAUCGCAGUAUUGGAAGCAUUCAACCGCACUGAUACCUACAUCUUCCAUGCAACCGAUGAAGACAACCCGAAGCCAAUGAGGUUUGAGAUGAAUGGGUAUGACGUAAUGCUGACGUCAUACUACGAUCACUACAUUGUGGACUAUAAGGUAUUCGAAAGCUGGACUUACGAUGCUGAGAUGUUCAUGAUACCUCAAGUGGCAAAAAGAGAUCGUUGGUGCCAAAAAGUGCCAAAAAACGUAGGGGAAGCCGGCUAUCGUAGCAUUAAUCCCAUUGGAGAAUUCCUAGACGACGAGGAGUACGGCAAGUUCGAGACGAAAUUCAAACAUUUUAAAAGCAACUUUGGAAAAGUUUAUAAACACGAAGAGGAGCACAGAAAGAGAAUGCAUAUAGCAAGGCACAACAUGAGGUACAUACAUUCGAUGAACAGGAGGCGACUCGGUUACGACUUGGAUGUCAAUCACUUUGUAGACAUGACUGAUGAAGAAUACAAUAACCAUAGGGGGACGUCUUAUGAUACACAGAAAGAGACUGAAAAAUAUGAGAAGGAUAUCCCCAUUCUAGGAGAAGAUUUUGACCCGCUGGAAGUGGCUGGCUUAGCUAGACGUAAAGCAGGACCGGGCCAAAGUCGGACGCAGAUACUUGGAAAAAGAAGUAAUAUUUAUGGCAGUGGAAUGACAAAAAUAGGAAAUUUCGUUAGGGGAAUGCAAAAGAAAGAUUUCCAGGAUGGUAUAAAUGGAAAAACAAGCAAAAAGACUUCAGUUGAUGACACUAUCCAGGGUAGUCGUGUCUUAGAAGACAGAAGCGCGAAUAAUAAUCAGGAUAUUGAGAAAGAUUUGCGGGAUCUUAAAUUUUUCAUUAAGCAGUUAGAUGAUAUUUCUGAUGAGAUAAGAAUAGACCCUGAGAAAUCUAGGAGGCAAUUCCAGACUUUUAUACAAAAUCCUUCUUUGAUACAAAAGGAGUUACAAGUUAAGUAUAUUGAUCGUGUGGUUAGACUUGACAAAACGGCAAGAAAAAACAAUACUAUCGUGUUAGAAAGAAAUGAUAAGGGCCGCCAUGAUAAGUUACAAAAGAUAAAAGAUAAGAACGAAAGAAAAGAGGUUUUGAAAGGAACUGAUUCAGAAAGAAAAAGAAAAAGGAUAUUUAAAAAUAAAACCAACGUUAGCGAUUAUGUAAAGGAGAUGGCAAUUAAAAAUGGCGUAGCUAAAAAAACUAAGUCAAAAGAAAUUAAACAUUAUGCAAGAAAAUGGAAUCGUAAAUUGAAAAAGGUUUCAAAGGCUCAACAACCCCAUGGCAGAAGUAAGUUACAUGAAAUCAAAUGGGAUGAAAUGGUUAGAAUUCUUGACGAUGAAGCAACAGAGGAUAAGUUACGGAGAAGCUAUAAAUCAAAUGAAAUAUAUGAACCUGAAAUAAAAAGGCGAAAGAUACAAACUGAGGUAUUAUCCAGUUUAGAUCCAUUUGCAACUGACAGGAAUGAGGAACUAACAAAGAAGGGCAAAGUAAGCAGCAAUGGUUAUUAUAAUUUCAUGAAAAAUUGGGAAACACCAGCUAUGAGUAGAAUGACACCGUUUUUUGCAUUGGGUGUGGAAGAAAUGGACCCAGAAACAGGAGAAAUGGAUGUAACCGAAACAGACUUUGUGAUGGAGGAUCAUUCGAGGUUUCCAAAGGAAUAUUAUGCAGGAAUUGGAGGUGAAAAACUAAAUAGAGGUCACAAAGUUAAAAGUAAAAAGAAGAAGAAGAAGAAGAAGAAGAAAACACGUAUUCCAGAAGAGCUCGACUGGAGUAAAUAUGGGGCCGUUCCACCGGUACAGUCCCAAGGAAUCUGUGGAUCAUGCUGGACAUUUUCCACUGCAGCAGCGGUAGAGAGCUCCCAUUUCAUUAAGACGGGAGAGCUGAUAAAGUUAUCAGAGCAACAAUUGUUGGAUUGCACCUGGUAUGUGCCCCAUUCUAAGGAAGGAAACCAUGGCUGUAUGGGUGGUUGGACAUGGAAAUCGUUUGCUUACAUUAAAGAUUUUGGUUUAGCUACAUCAAAGUCAUAUGGAAAUUAUCUUGGCAUGGAAAGUUCAUGCAAAACUAAAAACUACACAGUUGGUGCAAAAAUUGAUAGCUUCAUGAAGGUACAAGCAAACAGUGCUUCUGCUUUGAUGAAAGCAAUUGCCCAUUAUGGACCUGCCACUGCAUCAAUCAACACAGAGGCAAAAACACUGAAGUUCUACAAGAGUGGAGUCUACGAUGAUAAAAUAUGCAAUGGUGCUACAGACCAUUCUGUCCUGAUUGUUGGUUAUGGCAGGGAAAAUGGCAAUCUAUAUUGGAUUGUAAGGAACUCAUGGGGAAGAAACUGGGGAGAGAAAGGUUAUGUUAAAAUUAGAAAUGGAAGGUGUGGACUUCUUAAAAAACCAUGGGUGAUCAUUAACAGAAAAAGAGGUUCAUUGUCAUGGCAACAUGAUAAAGGUGUUAAAAAAUUUAUCGAAAUUUAAGAAAAGAAUGCUACUCUUAACCAAUUACUCUUUUCUUAAAGCGCUGACAUUGGAUUAUUAAUUUUUUUAUCUUUUGAAAAAUACAAUUUAAGAGAAGAUAAAUACAAUUGGUUAAUAUUAAUCAAAUUGUAUAUAACGGAAUUUAAUUUUUUGCAUAAAAGCUUUCUACUUGAUUUUCUUCUGUGUUUGACUUAUAAACAAGGAUUGACAGCAAGUGGGAUAAAUGUACAAACAAGCUAAAAUUUGAGAUAAUGUUUAACUUUGUUUGUAUAAUAACAACUUGUGGUUUAUGUUAUCAUCUGAAAUUUAUUUUUGACAUUGUAUAAAAAAUCAGGGCGGUUGUGGCUCCUAGAAAAGGGCCAGGAAAAAUGAUUAUAAGAGGGCCGGCUCUUUGUUUGACAUCUCCAAUCGCGAUCCACAGGUCGCCAAAAUUGGUACCUUCCUUGAAACCAUGCAUCAAAAUUACAAAGAUGCCAGUUUUUUAUCAAUUUUUAAAGGUUCAUCUGCUAUAGUUGUUGGGGUGUAUUUCCUUUUCUCUAACAAUAGUGUCUUAAGGUUAGGGUAAACGUUUUCUUGACAAAACAUCCAUUUUUUAAUUAUUUCAUAUGGAAGUAGCCAAACUUUCAAGGCACACAAUGCUAUUAGAAUUGAAACUUACAGAAAUCUUAAAAAUGGAGAAAAUCUCAUGGCAACAAAUGUUUCCAUAAUUUCUUUACCAAAACUUUUAAUUGAGGUCUGAAAAUCGUUUGACCUGUUAAGCCAAUUAUCGUUGCUUUGCGGUUGUGGUUGAUUGUCUCCUUUACAAUAUCGCAACACCUGUUUAUUUAAACAGGCUUAUUGAUCUUAAAUCUUUAAAUGACUUGACCCAGAUUACAGUGUGGUUUAUAAGUGUAACUUGCAAGUGCAAUCAGUAAAAUUCUGUUUUCUCUGGACUUCUGAUUCCUCUACAUGCAGGUACGAAAAAGCUAUUUUGUACCCAAGGAAAGAAUCCAAUGGCAGCUCAAAAAUUUGCACACGGCCAGGACAGAUGUCGGGUAAGCAAAGUGUGUCUCAAAAUUUUUGUAUUUGCUCUGGUCCGUCUUUUACAGCCAAAUACAGCUAUGAGGGGAAAGGAAAAAUUGCUUGCCAAUUUUUGACAGGUUACAGUUUCAAGGAGAGGAGGAAUUUGAAAAAUCUGAGACACAUUUUGGUGGCUUAGGAUCUGCGCCUUCUGCUAAUACAAGUCAGUUUAAGAUGCCUCAAACGCAAAGGUACAAAAUAGCUUUUAAAUGUGGUGCACUCAUGUAAGCAAUAAAUUUGCCUGAAAAGUAUCAUUUACAAUAUUUGCCAAUUAUUUUGAUAUGGUUGGAAUCACCACAUUCUUGUGCAUCAAAUGAUGUAUAGUUUAAUCUGAUUCUUUUAAUAGUUUGGUUUUCAGGGAGAGAAAACCAAAUAUAAUUUUAAAAAACAUUCAUCAUAACCUUAAGACUGCAAAAUUGAGAAACAAUUCCAAUGCUGUAGUGCACAGUUGAUACAAACACAAACUAAACAAAACACUUACAUGCACUGCCAAUGAAGCGAGAAGAAAAUUUGUGUGGUCACACCCUUUAAUGUGGCUUGAAACACAUUUCAGAAUGUUUUUCACAGUUGUUUACCACACUUUACAAUUUUUAGGCAUACUUCAUGUUCUCGAGGCUCUGGGGCAGUUUGCACCCCAUUGUCCGCCUCUUGGCAGCCCCGUUCAUAUUCAAUUCAUCUCUUUCACAGGGGCCUGUUUGUAUGAUGUCCCCUAAUUCUGAACUGUGAAGUUAAGUCUAUAUGCAAGUGAGGCGUUUUCUCACCAAGGAUUUUAUUCAUAUCAAAUAUUAUCCUGGGUUUAAGAAAAUCACUUGAAAGGGGCCCACCAGGAAAGUACCUGGUGUCCCACCUAACCACAUGUUUAUUAUUACGUCUUUUAGACCCUACUUAGGAACAAUUAAUUUUUGCACAAAAUGUUGCAAAUUUGAUGUAGAUUUCAGAUUUUGGCGAGCACAAUUACACUGAAGUCGUCCUUGCAUUCGCCGACGGCCCGGCGCUCCAUCGCCAUACUACACAUAACAAAGGUAUUUUUAGUGGUACAGCAACGUUAGAAGAUUUCUCCUGAUCAAGAGGCAAACUUCUUACAUAUCCCUAGCUUUCAUAGUUUAUAGUCCGUGUUCAACUUACCUGCCCAUAAAGA